CCUUCGAGUCUCGGGUUUUUUUAGAUAUGUUAUAUUUUUUCUACCUAUGCCCCUGUAUCAAAUACUCGGUCCUAGUUUUGUUUUUGUUCAACUUUUUCCCCUCCCUCUCACUGCCGGAAGCCGAGGCGGAUGCCGUCAACGCGAGGAAACUGAAAAGUAGCAGGGAAGAGCUCUACUUGGGGAUCGUGUACACGGAGGAGGAGGCGUGGGCGGGUGGGGGUGGGGGCUCGAUGGAGGAGAUGCUGCGGCCGAUCCUGAGCUCGUACGCGUCGCGGAGCCCCUCCGAGCUGCGCCUCCUCCCGAUCUUCUCGCCUCUCCCGCGGACGCUCAAGCUCUCCUGGGUGGAGAGCCUCCUCGAGGUCUGGCGCAACAAGAGCGUCCUCGGGGUCCUCCUCUUCGGCGCCGAGCACUCCGGCUUCGGCGUCACCCUCGCCGCCCAGUCCCUCAACAUCCCCGUCCUCUGGACCACCGGACAGGCCCUCAACGGAUACCUCGAAAAGACGAAGAUCGGGACGUGGGAGGUUCGGAUGUCGGCUGGCUCUGGGGAGCUCCUGGCCACUUUGAGAUCCUUCCUCAUCGUAACUCACUGGCACUCCUUCACCAUCAUCUCUACGAUCACCCCACUCUCCAACCCUCUGCUUUCUCUCCUUCGAAAACCACCUCUCCUCCCGACCAUCUUCCAACUACGCACCGAUGCUACGCAACAUGCAAUUUUUCGGGUCCUGACGGAGGUGUCCCGCUCGACGAAGGGCGUUGUGGUACUCAUCUGCAGCGAGCUCAUGACCAAGAGGAUCCUGGCCGAAUCCAAGCGGCUCAACAUGGCCGACGGCGACUUCGUCUGGAUCUGGGUCGACACCGCGGCCCGGGUCAGCCAUCCUCCUCUCUCUCCGUCCGCCUCCACCGCCUCCUCCGCCUCCGCCUCCUCGCCCUCGCGCCACACCGACUGUGAUACUCCCGCCGACAAAGUCAACGUCAUCCUCAAAGAGCCCCAGGCCAAGCGGAGCCGUCCCGCCGGAAACGGGAGCGGCCUAACCGGAAACGGAAGCGGCCACACCGGAAACGAGACCGGAAACUCGGCGGCACUUCCGCCGGAAGCUCCAGCGAUCGGAGCCCCGGAUCGAAACUUCACUGCCCCGCGCUCGCCGACGGAGCCUGUGUCGUUUGCUCACUCCUGGAAGAAGGAACAACGGAACGGAACCGCCAGGUCCAGGCGUUGGAUCCUCAACAGGAAACCCGAUAGCACCAAUAGUUUUUAUCCGUCUGUAAAUAAUCUAGCGAGCCAGUCCUUGGUGGACAAGAGGUUCAACUCGUCGGGGAGGAACGCGAGUCAGGGGCUCCCGGUCGGUCUCCUGGCCAUCCGACCGCUGCCCAUCAAAGUGAACCAGAUGUUCGUCGAGAACUGUUUCCGGUUGAUGGUGAGCAGUUUCUUCAGUUCCCUCGACGCUUGGUGCAACGCCUCCGCCAACGGUCCCAGCGUUCACACCUGUUGGCAGUCCACCAUCAAGCAACCAAACAGCAGUCUUUCUUACAAUUUCCUCAAUUUUUUUUACGGUAAUUUAAAGUCGCGAACACAGAGUGCUUUGCGAGGCUCAAACGACAAGUCGGUUAUUCUGGGAGACAAGAACAGCAUGGCUGCUCGCUUUCAAAUAUUGAACCUUGUGCCUGAACAGCCUGCUCAAUCCCUUGUCGACUCCAAUGAUACCGGUGAGACGAAGAAGUGGCGGGUGGUGGGAGAGAUGGUGGGGGACUCGGACAUCCGGUUGGACAGCCUGGUUUGGCCGGGUGGACAGCUCGUGCCCGACUCGACCGGGAAGGGAGCCAGGAGUGUGUUCAGGAUCGUCACGGCGAUAGCGCCCCCUUUCGUCAUGGAAGGUGAACUAGAUGAGGAUGGCCAGUGUUUGAGAGGGCUGGAAUGUCAUCGGAUCUUGACGUCGGACAAAGACAACCUGACGCUGGUGUUCAACGAGAUGGAGAGGAUCGAGGAGCAAGAGGAGCAGAUGGAUGAUAAGGAGAGGGAAAGACUCGAGAAGAUGCAGGAUAUCUGGGGAUUUCGCCAAAGCAACGUCUUCUCAAAUUCCAGGAAUAAGUACGUGACGAACUGUUGCUACGGAUUGACGAUGGAUUUGCUGGAAAACGUGGCCGAGGAGCUGGAGUUUGAUUUCCACCUCUACCUUGUCGCUGAUGGCUCUUACGGGACGAAGAUCAUGAAGGACGGGAACUCAGCUUGGAACGGGAUCGUCGGCGACCUCGUUUCCGGUGCAGCUCACAUGUCCUUCUCCGCCCUCAGCGUCAGUAGCGUCAGGGCGGAGGUGAUCGACUUCACAGCGCCGUAUUUUUUCAGCGGCGUGUCUCUGCUGGCGGCGCCCAAGCAGCGCAACGACAUUCCUCUCCUCGCCUUUCUGUUGCCUUUCAGCCCGGAGCUCUGGAUUGCGAUAUUCACCUCGCUCCACGUCACCGCGGUCGCCGUCGCCAUCUACGAGUGGCUCAGUCCCUUCGGCCUCAAUCCCUGGGGUCGGCAGCGCAGCAAAAAUUUCAGUAUGGCCUCGGCGUUGUGGGUAAUGUGGGGGCUGCUGUGCGGUCACCUGGUUCAAUUCAAGGCCCCCAAGUCUUGGCCCAACAAGUUCCUCAUCAAUGUCUGGGGAGGGUUCUCUGUCAUUUUCGUCGCCUCUUACACUGCCAACAUUGCCGCAUUGAUCGCUGGCUUGUUCUUCCAAGUAGCUGUCGGCGAUUAUCAUGAUCGAAAUCUUCUUUUGCAAAGGGUUGGUGCGCCGUGGGCUUCAGCUGCCGAUUACUAUGUCCGCCGCAAUAAUCCUCAACUUUGGGAGCACAUGCAGCGCUACGCGGUCAAAACUGUUGCAGAAGGCGUCCAUCAUCUAAAGAAUGGAAGUCUGGAUAUCCUCAUUGCGGACACCCCUAUUUUAGAUUACUACCGCGCUACCGACCAUGGCUGCAAAUUGCAAAAAAUAGGGGAUACCAUCAACGAGGAUACUUAUGCAGUGGGUAUGACGAAAGGAUUUCCACUCAAGGAUAGCGUUUCUGCUGUGAUAGCCAAGUAUUCAAGCAACGGAUACAUGGAUAUUUUGACUGAGAAAUGGUACGGAGGACUACCCUGCUUUAAGCUGGCGUCGGAUAUGGCUCAGCCUCGACCACUGGGCAUAGCUGCCGUUGCAGGCGUCUUCCUGCUUUUGGGACUGGGUAUGGCCGUCGGCUGUGUAAUUUUAUUCAUAGAGCAUCUUUUUUAUAAGCACACAUUGCCUAUUCUUCGACAAAAACCCAAAGGAACAAUUUGGCGAAGUAGGAACAUUAUGUUUUUUAGUCAAAAACUUUAUAGGUUUAUCAAUUGCGUGGAGCUAGUUUCACCUCAUCACGCGGCGAGGGAGUUGGUCCACACUCUACGGCAAGGACAAAUCACGAGCCUCUUCCAAAAAAGCGUCAGACGAAAGGAACACGAGCAAAGAACGAGGCGCAAAAGCAAAGGACAAUUUUUUGAAAUGAUUCAAGAAAUCCGGAGGGUUCAGCAAGAAGAAAGGAAAGAUUAUGACGGCCCGGGACACAACAAAAGUAGUCCGAAGAAGAAGCAUAAAAGAUUAAAUAACAACAAUCGAAGUCCCCAGCUUCUGUUAAGUCCACCAGAUUUGAUGAAGCAGCAAAGAAGAUUAUCACCUAGCAGGUUGGACAUGGCGCGUCGGCUGAGCAAGGACUUCUUCCGCUCGAAGAGUUCCGGGAACCUGACGGUGCGGCGACUGAGCUCGGACAUGGGGGUGGCUGGCGUAGGCGGAGGUGGCGCGGCGGGCGGGGGCGGGAAGCUGUUGGAGUGCCAGAUGUCGGCCGUCGGGCGGCGGCUGAGCCACGGCUACGAGGAGAACUCCCCGCCGGACCUCAACUCCCGCCGCUCCAGCCAGCGGAUCGGCGAGUCCUCGGCCAACGUCAGCCCCCAAGGCUCCACCACCCUCCCGGAGGCCCCGCCCCCGGAGCCCGAGGCCCCGCGCAGCCCCAACCUCCUCUCGCCCGGCUUCUACUUCGGAUCCAAGCUCCCGCCGGAACCCCCGAGAUCCCCUCGUGAGGUGGGUCCGGUGGCGGCGCGGCGCUUCACCUACGACGUGAGCUCCCCGAACUUCACGAAGAAGUUCCCGACGCGAGCGGCGAGCGACGCCGCGGAAACCCCCAAAGUUGUGAUUAACUGUGAUAGUAGCGAUAAAGUGAGGAGCCGCCCGGAGGCGGAGCGCGGGGUGCUCCAGGAGGGAGCCGAAGGCGAGACGAGCCUGGACCGGAACAACUGGUCCAACGUCUCGGACAAGUCCACGGAGCACAUGAUCAAGAUCUUCAUCCCGGCGGGGACGAGGACGGAGGUGGAGAUCCCGGAGGAGGGCCAGAGGUCGCCGCCGGCGGAGGAGUCGACCAAGCCGAAGAUCGUGUCCUACGUCCCGAAGAGGGUGACGCGGAGCACGGAGACGGAGGCCGGCGGCUCCCUGGAGCGGCUCUCCAAGGAGGAGCUCGUGGCGCUGUGCCAGCUCUCCGAGUCGGAGCUCAAGAGCAAGCUCUACAAGGCGCUCAAGAGCAAGGGCCCGACCUGAGGGCCCCCGGGCCUCGUGGCCGGCACUUGAGUAGCUUCCGAGAGGUUUCGUCUCGGACUUGCGGACGUGAGAUGAUUCCCGUAGAUGAUUUCCAUGCUUCCGUCGCUGUCGGCGAGGGCGAGGCGACAACGAACUAGAGUCCCUUUAUACCCAGAGUUAAGACAACUCGAUUAUCAGCUGACUGGCAGCCGGCCUUGGCUGGCCAUGGAGGCCGAAACGAGU